CAAGCGACGAAAAGUGACUCACGGUAUGCUCCAUAUUUCGCACCAGUGUAUUUGAGUAACCCUCUCAUCGAUGUCCUUCAUCAUAUACCCUGUAGCUUGUGUGUACUGUCGUCGAUCACAUAUGACUUGCGAUGACGGUCGGCCUUGUCAGCGAUGCAUCAAACGUAGCAUUGGCCAUCUGUGCCAUGACGAGCCGAAGCAGCCUUCCUCCAGCUCACAAAGUAAUGCCCAGCAAGCACCCAAAGACAGGUCCCCAAUGUCAGCCGCUGCUGCGUCAAGUAACAGCUAUAACCCACUCUCGUCACAUAUGGCUGCUGGCAACGGUUUUGGAUCCAAUCACAGCAAUCUUGGCGGUCUGCCACUCCAAUUUUUUGGGCAAAUGGGCACGGGUCAAUUGACCUUUGCCAGCGAGCAUAUGGGCAAUGAAAUUUCAGUUAUCAGUGACUUUCUUGAUUCGCUCGGUGCCGACAUGAAUCCCAUGUAUCCGAACCAGCAACCUCACCCGCAACAACAUUUACAGAACAACUCCUCCGUUAAUACCGCUGAAAAAUUCUUCCUCACCGCAGCCGAUCCUUCCGACGGCAAAUUAGAAGAUCGACUCACCGAAGUCAUUAAUGCCAAAUACGAAGCUGGAUUUUUGAAACCAUACAAUUAUGUGAAUGGCUACGCACGAUUACAAAAAUACAUGGAUAACAAUAUGUCAGCAGCAAGUAGGCAGCGUAUUCUGAACGUCAUGGGAACAUUCCGUCCAGCCUUCCGAUCAGUUGCGCAAUCAUUGACGGAUAUUGAUCUGAUUUUGGUGGAAGAAGCAUUUGAACGCUUACUGCUUGAUUAUGAUCGUGUAUUCAGUUCCAUGGGUAUCCCAGCAUGCUUAUGGCGACGUACAGGCGAAAUAUACAAAGGCAAUAAGGAAUUUGCAUCCUUAGUCAAUGUACCCAUUGAGAAUCUGCGAGAGGGACGAUUAUGUAUUUAUGAACUCAUGGCGGAAGAAUCUGCAGUGAAUUAUUGGGAGAAAUAUGGCAAUAUCGCCUUCGAUCCCGGUCAGAAAGCUGUAUUGACUUCCUGUCUGCUUAAGAAUCCCGAUCGUGAGAGCACGAGUGUCAUCUCUUGUUGCUUUUCAUUUACCAUUCGAAGAGAUAAAUAUAACAUUCCGACUGUCAUUGUAGGCAACUUUUUGCCAGUCCAGUUGCAAUAAUUGAUUUUAUAUAACUUCAUUUUGUUAUUUUUUUACUUUCUUUCAUUCCUUUUAAUGCAUCAUUUUUUUUUCCUUCGUUGACCUGUUUUACUGUUGGAUAGUUAGGCUGGCCUUAAUAUCAUGAACGUUUAGAUUCUUCACCACUGUAUUAUGUCGCCAUAACAAUGCAAUGCGGC